AUGGGACUUAGUAGAGGAGGUGAGGCCGAGGCCGAUUCUCACACACAGUGCACCGGCACGCCGGAGGUCAUUAAAAGAAGAAAUCCUCGACCGUCUCCUUUCAAUAUGGAAGAAGACAUUAAAAAUAUCAAGGGAGUUUCUUGGACCUCUCCUUCCAAUAUGGAACAAGAUAUUUGUAAUAUCAUGUGUGUUUGCUGUUUUGAUGGAUCCUUUGUUCUUCUACACUCCUGUCAUCAACGAGGACAUGAAGUGUCUGGAGUUGGACAAAAACCUGAAGAAAUAGCUCUUGCUUUACGAUCUGUUACAGAUCUCUUUUAUCUUGUCGAUAUUAUUUUUCAAAUUUAUCAACUCAACGUCACGUCCAAGAUAUCAAUAAAUGGUGCCACAUUUCGUUUGGAAAGAGUUAAAUCUGCUAAGAAGAUUUUGCUGUCAUGCAUUGUAAUUGACACUUUUGCUGUUCUCCCCGUUCCACAGACUCGAGUAGGAAUAUUGGUUAAAGCUGCAUUCAACUUUUUUCCAUUCAUCCUUGCUGGCCAUGUUGCAUUUCUCCGAAAGAGCUUAGGGCAAAACCUCGAGCCCAGCAGUAGCAACCAGUGGGAAAACGUCUUUGCUGUUUUUACACUUUUAAGCGGCAUGAUGCUAUUUUUAAUAUAUCUCAAUGCAACUUUGCAGACAUUAAGUGUGCAGUUGGAGAAAAUAAGAUCAGAUGAGCGUAUAUUCAGACGGAAGAUGCAGCUGAUAAGUCCAGAGAUCGAUUUAUGGUUAUCUAAAAACGACCUCCCUAAGGAUCUGAAGAUGGUUUCGGGCCGAACAGAAAAACAUCUCAGGACGGUAAUCGUAGAAAACGUACAACGACACCUUCAAGAAAACAAAGAUGUUGAUGUGGAGAAUAUCCUCGCUGUUCUUCCCUUGAGACAUAGAAGAGGUAUCAUGAGCCUUCUCCGCUUGACAUCACUAAAGAAAGUGUCGAUGCUUGAAAGUAUGGAUGAAAAAGUGUUGAAAGCAAUCAGCGAGCAUCUGAAGCUGGAGACCUAUAACGAGGGCAGCUACAUUGUUCCAGAAGGGGAACCACUUGAGAAGAUGAUGUUCAUCACACAAGGCACCGCAUGGAGCUACCCACCUACACCUAGUAGUAAGGGUGGAAUUACAAUUACUACCCCAAACACGAAGUGGCUUGAGAAGGGUGAUUUUUAUGGAGAAGAACUUUUAAUUUGGGCAUUAAAAUCUACCCCCUCUUCUGAAUUACCCAUGUCGACUAGAAUUCUCAAGUCCCAAACAAAAGUUGAAGCAUUUGCUAUAAGGGCUAAGGACUUGAAGACCAUUGUUGCUAAGUUCUGGUGGCAUUUUAGGGCGGAGCUCCGUCACUUAGAGGAAUUUCAAUUAGAGCAUUGGCAUAAUUUGGCAGCUUCUUCCGUACAAGAAAAUUGGCGCCGCUAUUGUGCAAGGGCUAAUAAGCGAAAGCUGCGAAAUUGGAGGAGUAAAUUUAUCCAAAUAAAUUAG